ACACAAAGCAAGCAAGAAGAGAUGGAGGAGAGAGGACACUGGGGCAGUAAGGUGGAGUUUCUCCUGGCUGUGGCGGGAAAUGUUGUCGGACUGGGCAACGUGUGGAGGUUUCCUUACCUCUGCUACAAAAAUGGAGGGGGUGCAUUCCUGGUGCCGUAUCUGGUAUUUGUGGUGACCUGUGGCAUACCUCUAUUCCUGCUGGAGACCACCAUAGGCCAGUACACCCAGGAGGGCGGUAUCACCUGCUGGAGGAAACUGUGCCCGCUGGCAGAGGGUAUCGGCUAUGGUGGGCAGCUGAUCCUCUUCUACAGCUGUAUGACUUACAUUAUUAUCCUGUCCUGGGCUUUGCUCUACCUGGUGUUCUCCUUCAGCUCCCAGCUGCCCUGGUCCAGCUGCAACAACUACUGGAACACAGAUGACUGUGUAGACUUUUCAACAAGAAAUAACACCGUCCAAUGGACCAACCAGACUAAUUCAACCUCUGCUGCCACUGAAUUCUGGGAACGACGAGUGCUCGCUAUUUCAGCGGGGAUUGAGGAGAUAGGCAGCAUCAGGUGGGAGGUGCUGUUGUGUCUUAUUGUCAUGUGGAUCAUCUGCUACUUUUGUAUCUGGAAAGGGGUCAAAUCUACAGGAAAGGUGGUUUAUUUCACUGCUACCUUUCCCUAUGUGAUGUUGUUAAUUCUUUUGAUCCGCGGACUCUCUCUUCCUGGUGCUCUGCAAGGAGUGCUGUUUUAUCUCCUGCCUGAACCUUCACGACUCACAGACCCACAGGUGUGGAUGGAGGCUGGGGCUCAGAUCUUCUUCUCAUACAGUGUGGGUGUGGGCUCCUUAACUGUGCUAGGCAGCUACAACACAUAUAACAAUAACUGCUAUAAAGACUGUCUGUGGCUGUGUUUGCUGAACAGUGGCACCAGUGUGGUAGCUGGAUUUGCAGUCUUCUCGGUGCUGGGGUUCAUGGCUCAUGAGCAGGGCGUUCCCAUUGCAGAAGUGGCCGAGUCAGGUCCAGGCCUGGCAUUCAUUGCAUACCCUCAGGCUGUAGCCAUGAUGCCUGUGCCUCAACUGUGGUCCAUCUGUUUCUUUGUCAUGCUCAUUCUCCUGGGUCUGGACACACAAUUUGUCGCUAUAGAGGUGGUGGUGACGUCGAUCAUAGAUAUGUUUCCUACUGUAAUGCGCAGAACAGGCCAACGGGAGCGCUUCCUCCUCCUCUUCUGCCUCACAUGCUUCUGUUCUCAGCUUGUCAUGAUCACUGAGGCAGGGAUGUAUGUGUUCCAGAUGUUUGACAACUAUGCUUGUAAUGGAGCCUGCAUCCUCUUUCUCUGUGUGUUUGAAACCCUGGCACUAGGAUGGGUAUUUGGGACCGAGCGGUUGUAUGACAUCAUAAAGGACAUGACAGGUGUGCGUGCCAACCCAUUCUUCAAAAUCUGCUGGCUCUACCUCACACCACUGGUCUCCCUGGGCUCUUUUAUAUGUUCUUUAGUGGAGUACCAGCCUCUAACCUUCAAUCGCUGGUAUGUGUACCCAGCCUGGGCAUAUGUGUUGGGCUGGGUAAUGGCCCUGUCCUCCAUCCUGCUUGUGCCAGGUUGGGCAUUAUAUAAGCUUCUAACUGGAACUGGAACCCUCAGUCAGCGUUUCCAUCGUCUGUGUCGACCUGACCUGGACUACUCACUGACCCAAAAGAAAGAGGCUGAGCUGCAGCGCGUCGGAGGGGAAGCCCUUCAACAGUUCACUGAUUGA